CAAUAAUUAUAUUAUUCCUGAGGAAUAAAAAAAAAGAGAGAAAAAAGUCAUAGUGAUCUUUGUUUUGACGGAAGAUGUGAUCUCAUCUUCCAAAAAGCUUACGGUUGCAAAUGGUCGGUGGCUGCUCUUCUCUGUCUUCUUCCACUUUCAUUACCACUACUACUUUGUCUUCUUCCCUUAAUCUCAUUCCAAGAAGCUUCCUUUCCCAUAGCCCUUUAAAUCUGAGAAAGUCUGCACCUUUAAGGUGUGUAAGCUCACUAACGAUGAAACCACAGAAACCCAUUCUCGAUUCUGAGAAGUUUGACGAUGGGUUUGUUCAGAAACUGGUGUACGAUGCUCUCGUUUGGUCUUCACUUCAUGGCCUUGUUGUCGGUGACAAAACUUAUCAGAAAUCAGGAACAGUUCCAGGGGUUGGGAUGAUGCACGCUCCCAUUGCAUUGCUACCGACACCAUUCCCUGAAAGUUACUGGAACCAAGCUUGUGAAGUUGCUCCCAUCUUCAAUGAGUUGGUUGAUCGUAUCAGCUUGGAUGGACAAUUCAUACAAGACUGUCUCUCCAGAACGAAAAAAGCUGAUGUCUUUACAUCUAGACUUCUUGACAUUCACUCCAAGAUGCUAGAAAGCAACAAGAGAGAGGACAUUCGUUUGGGUUUACACCGGUCAGAUUAUAUGCUUGAUGAAGAAACAAAAUCACUUCUUCAGAUAGAGAUGAAUACUAUUUCGUGUUCCUUUCCAGGCUUUGGUCGUCUUGUUACCGAGCUACACCAGUCAUUGCUUAGAUCUUAUGGAGAUCAUCUUGGGCUAGACUCUGAACGUGUACCAAGAAAUGGAUCCACGACCCAGUUUGCUGACGCAAUGGCUAGAGCUUGGUUGGAGUACAAUAAUCCAAGAGCGGUAGUUAUGGCCGUUGUGCAGCCUGAAGAACGCAACAUGUAUGAUCAACAUUGGCUAAGCAGUGUCUUAAGAGAAAAGCAUAAUAUUGUAACCAUUAGGAAGAGUUUAGCAGAAGUUGAAAAGGAAGGGCGUGUACAUGAGGAUGGAACACUUACUGUUGGCGGCCAAGCAGUCUCUGUGGUUUAUUACAGAUCAGGCUAUACUCCCAGAGAUUAUCCUUCUGAGUCAGAGUGGAAUGCUAGGUUGCUUAUAGAGCAGUCCUCAGCUGUCAAGUGCCCUUCUAUAGCUUAUCACUUAGCUGGCACCAAAAAAAUUCAGCAAGAACUCGCUAAACCAGGUGUUCUCGAGAGGUUUAUGGACAACAAAGAUGACAUAGCUAAGCUGAGGAAAUGCUUUGCUGGGCUAUGGAGCUUGGACGAUCAAGAAAUCAUCAAGAAAGCAAUUGAGAAACCUGAGUUGUUUGUUAUGAAGCCUCAAAGAGAAGGAGGAGGUUAUAAUCCAAUUGAGUUUCUGCUUUUUUUUCUGUCUUAUUUCUAAGCGUGGAUGAUUCUCUUUCAGGUAACAACAUCUAUGGAGAUGAUGUGAGGGAGAAUCUUCUGAGGUUGCAGAGAGAAGGAGAGGAAGAGAACGCUGCGUAUAUCUUAAUGCAGAGGAUCUUCCCAAAAGUGUCAAACGUGUUCUUGCUGCGAGAAGGCGUUUACCAUAAAGAUCAAGCUAUAUCAGAACUUGGAGUCUAUGGAGCUUACCUCAGGAACAAGGAGAGAGUUAUAAUAAACGAGCAGAGUGGUUAUCUGAUGCGCACAAAGGUCUCUUCAUCAGAUGAAGGUGGUGUUGCUGCUGGUUAUGCUGUCUUGGACAGCAUUUAUUUGAAUUGAGAUCAUUAUGAUUCAUGUUUGUUCUGUUUUAUAUCAUUUAUCUUUUGUUUCUUUUUGGUUUUGUUAAAGAUUUGUGUAUUUAUUCAUGAAGACAAGGGCCCUGUUCGUUUGUACAUCUGAAAGAUGCAUCCAGAUGGUCCAUCUAGAUGUCUUAUCCAGAUGCUCCAUCUGGAUGUUGUUCGUUUCUCUAUUUCGUCUAUAUAUCUAGAUGAAUCAUCUAAAUGUAACUAUGUUCGUUUGUUUUUUUUAACUUGCAUCUGCGUCCAUAUGGAUUUGUUAAUAAAAUGAAUAA